AUGGCAAAAGUUGUUGAAAAUAAGGCGUUCGGAUUGGCUGCGAAAGACAAUUCCGGAGUUCUCUCACCUUUUCAUUUCUCUAGAAGGGAGACAGGAGAGAAGGAUGUUAGGCUCAAAGUAUUGUUCUGUGGAAUUUGUCAUAGUGAUUUGCAUAUGAUCAAGAACGAUUGGGGAGUUUCUAUUUACCCUCUCGUCCCUGGGCAUGAGAUUGUGGGAGAGGUGACCGAAGUCGGAGCCAAAGUGACUAAAUUCAAAGCCGGAGACAAAGUGGGAGUUGGGUGCUUGGUCGGCUCGUGCGGGUCAUGUGACAGCUGUGACGAAGGUCUCGAGAACUACUGUCCGAAACUGAUCCAAACGUACGGAUUCAAGUACUACGAUGACACAAUGACCUACGGUGGUUACUCCGACAACAUGGUUUGUGAUGAGGACUUCAUCAUCCGUAUUCCGGAGAAUCUCCCCUUGGACGCUACCGCGCCGCUACUAUGCGCCGGGGUCACGGUCUAUUCCCCCCUUAAGACUCACGGGCUAGACAAGCCCGGUAUGCACAUUGGUGUGGUGGGACUAGGCGGUUUGGGUCAUGUUGGAGUAAAAUUUGCUAAGGCUAUGGGUACUAAGGUUACGGUUAUUAGUACUUCGGAGAGUAAGAGAGACGAGGCGAUUAAUCGGCUUGGUGCGGACGCGUUCUUGGUGAGUCGUGACCCGAAACAAAUUAAGGAUGCAAUGGGGUCUAUGGAUGGUAUACUUGAUACCGUAUCCGCGACUCAUCCGCUUCUUCCGUUGCUCGGUUUGUUGAAGCAAAAGGGAAAACUUGUUAUGCUUGGUGCACCGAAUAAGCCACUCGAGCUCCCAGUGCUGCCUCUAAUCUUCCAGAGGAAGAUGGUUACGGGAAGUAUGAUAGGAGGUAUAAAGGAGACUCAAGAUAUGAUGGAUAUGGCCGGGAAACACAACAUCACGGCGGAUAUUGAGCUUAUCUCGGCGGAUUAUGUCAACACCGCCAUGGAAAGGCUUGAGAAGGCCGACGUUAGGUACCGAUUUGUGAUUGAUGUUGCCAACACAUUGAAGCCUAAUCCUUCGUUAUAA